AGUGCCAAUCAUUCUUGCCUUUCUUUUUCGUUUGCUCACAUUUGGUGUUUCUUGAUUUCGUCUCUAUUUUCAUCAUUAGACUUAAAAUCAUACUUCUUCUUCUUCUUCCCCUUCUUCUUCGUCUGCUGUUCAUUCCUUCCAUUUUCGUUGAUCUGGAAGUGUGGAACACUCGGAUAGGCUUUCACGGAUUAAAAUCCCCCGUAGUGAGACCUCACGGAGAAAACAGGUUGUUCUGUGGAGCAGUGGAAUGAAAAGAGACAAUGUCUCUUUUUGGUAAAGACACCGAUCCAGUAUUCCAGGGUGCAGGAGCUAAGGCUGGUCUUGAAAUCUGGUGCGUUGAUAAACACCAAUUGGCUUCUGUUCAGAAGUCAUUUCAUGGGAAAUUCUAUUCUGGAAGUGCAUAUGUCGUUUUGAAUACAGUUACACAAACCAAUGGCCCUCCUCAGUACAACAUACACUACUGGCUCGGAAAUGGUGCAAAUAAGGUAGACUCUGCCUUAGCAUCAGAUAAAGCGCUUGAAUUGGAUUCAGCUCUGGGGUCCUGUGCUGUUCAAUAUAGGGAAGUUCAAGGACAAGAAACAGAGAAGUUCUUGUCAUACUUCAGACCAUGUAUUAUACCCAUUGAAGGAGUGUAUUCUUUACAGCCAGGGCAUGUAAAUGGGGAAACCUACAAAGUCAGCUUAUUUACAUGCAAGGGAGACCAUGUUGUUUCUGUUAAAGAGGUGCCAUUUUCUCGGUCAUCAUUGAACCACAAUGAUGUUUUCAUACUUGACACUGCAUCGAAACUUUUCCUCUUUUGCGGGUGCAACUCUAGCAUACAAGAAAGAGCCAAAGCCUUGGAGGUUGUUCAGUAUAUCAGUGAGAAUAAACACAGUGGAAAAAUUGAUGUGGCAACUAUAGAGGAUGGAAAGUUUGUUGGUGAUCCUGACGUUGGUGAAUUCUGGAGCUUAUUUGGGGGUUAUGCUCCCAUUCCGAAGGACUCACCUUCUGAUGUUCAAAAACAAUCUGACUUUUCAUCCGUAAAACUAUUCUGGAUAUCUUUACAAGGUAAACUAUGUCAAAGUGAAUCUGCUUCAUUCAACAAAGAAAUGCUUGAGACGAACAAGUGCUAUAUGUUGGACUGUGACACUGACAUAUAUAUAUGGAUGGGGAGAAACACCUCACUAACGGAACGGAAGACAUCAAUCUCAACUGCAGAAGAUUUUAUUAGAAAUCAGGGCAGGUCAACUAAGACCCGCUUAACUUUCUUAACUGAAGGAUUAGAAACUACCAUGUUCAAAUCAUACUUCAACACUUGGUCUCAAAAGGUGGAGCCCAGGCUGUAUGAAGAAGGUCGAGGAAAAGUAGCAGCAAUAUUCAAGCAACAGGGUUAUGAUGUGAAAGAGCUUCAAGAAGAAGAAGACUGCGACAUAUAUAUAAACUGCCGAGGCAAACUAAAAGUCUGGCGCUUGAGUGAUGGUAAAUUGCUCCUUGUUCCAGUUCCAGAACAGACCAUGCUUUUUAGUGGGGAUUGCUAUAUUGUGCAAUAUACAUAUCCUGCUGAUGGAAGAGAUGAGAAUCUUUUAUAUGUGUGGCUUGGUCGUCAUAGUUUAAUGGAAGAUAGGGUUGACGCUAUUGCCUGUAUGAAUGCUAUUGUUGAUGCAACUAAGGGAGAUCCAGUAGUGGCUCAAGUGACCGAGGGUAGGGAGCCACUUUUAUUUUUCUCCAUUUUCCAGGCAUUGAUUAUUUUCAAGGGAGUUCUGAGUACACAAUAUAAAAAGUUUAUAGCAGAAAAAGGUGUAGAGGAUGACACUUAUGAUGGAAAAAAGACAGCACUCUUUCGUGUUCAAGGGAAAAAUUUGGAGAGUAUGCAAGCCAUCCAGGUUGAUCAAGUUUCAAGCUCCCUGAACUCGUCCUAUUGUUACAUCCUCCAAACUGGAACAUGUAUCUUCACUUGGAUUGGGAGUCUCUCAUCAACAAAAGAUCAUGAACUUCUGGACAGAAUGCUGGAACUUAUCAACCCAACAUGGCAACCAAUGUCUGUGCGGGAAGGCAGUGAACCUGAUACUUUUUGGAAUGCACUUGGUGGAAAGACAGAGUAUCCAAGAGAAAAAGAGAUGAAAGAACAAAUGGAAGAUCCACAUUUGUUUCUUCUGGUCUUUACGGAUGGUGAUUUUAAGGUGAAAGAGGUUUACAAUUUCAAUCAGGAUGAUCUAACUACUGAAGAUGCAUUCAUUCUAGACUGCCACAGAGAAAUAUAUGUUUGGAUUGGACACCAUUCAAAUGUUAAAUCUAAGCAACAAGCCCUUUCUCUUGGCUCGAAAUUUCUUGAGGCUGAUAUUUGGCUUGAACGAUCAUCUUCAGAGAUUCCGAUUUAUGUUGUCACUGAAGGACAGGAGCCACAAAUUUUCACUCGUUUCUUUGAAUGGGAUUUCUCAAAGGCAAACAUGCAUGGUAACUCAUUUGAGCGGAAGCUGGCUAUUCUGAAGGGAAAUCCACCCAAUUUAGUAGUGCCUGUAAGAAAUUCAUGGAAAACGCUCUCCAGGGACAGCACCCCUGAUUAUCCAAGAAGCAGGUCUGUUGAUUCCACUGGGCGGGGAAGUAAUUUCUCUUCUACAACCAGUGUUUCAGGAUCAAAUUUUAAGCCUUCAAAUGAUUACCUUAGUUCCAGUUUGACUCCAAUUGGCAGAAAGCUCUUCUCAGCAUCUUCUUCUAGCCAUAGUAGUUCUGGUUCUCCAACUGCAGAGUCAAGCUUCUCUGGGAAUGUGAAUUUAGUUCAGUUCAAUGGUAAUGAGGCUGGUUUAAGCUCAUUGAUCUAUCCAUACCAACGAGUGAAGGUGGACUCCAAAGACCCAGUUACAGGCAUAGACGUGACAAAAAGAGAGACAUACUUAUCUGACGAGGAAUUUCAAGAGAAAUUCAGCAUGACGAAACAAGCCUUCUAUGAACUACCGAAAUGGAGACAGAACAAACUCAAGAUAACUCUUCAUCUUUUCUGAGGUAAGCUAAGUUGAAAUCCUAGACCGAUGACCGAGUCUGAGACUCUGACUAGUAAUAUGUUUUUGUGGUGAAAAUAAGCAUUCCCUUUCUUUAGCAGAAUGAACUGUGGAGCUUUCAAAUUACACAUUUUGACAUGUUCUGAUUUUGAGUUGCUAUGGCCCCAGAGAUUUGUUGGUUUGUAGAAAUUGGUGUUUUAAAAUUCCGGGUUUCAAUUUUCAUUGAAUUGACCUGUCAAGUUUUUGUUAUAGUUAGUAA